AUGGUAGGCGUUUUUAAAGCUGUUCACCUCAUGAAAAUGUCAAAAAUGUUUAUCUGGGUUGGCAGCGAUGGCUGGGCAGAACAGUUAAUGAUGCUACAAGGCGAUUACAAAGAAGCUAUCUACGGAUCAUUCACAACAUUGUUCUGUGCCCCGUCGGUCCCAAAAUUUGAGGAAUAUUUUAGAACAAUCAAGCCUUCUAAUACCAGCAACCCGUGGUUUUCCGAAUUCUGGGAGCGCCAUUUUAACUGUUCAUUCCGUGCUGGAACUUGUGACGAAUCCCAGGAUGUUGCUAGUGUUAAUAGCUAUUACACUAUGCCUCUGAUUAGUUCUGCAAUUGACACUGUUUACGUGUAUGCGCAUGCUAUUCAGAGUUUGUUGAACGAUCACUGUCCGGGAGAAACAGGAAAGGAAGCUCGAGAAUGCAUCAGAGGAGAUAUCCUACUGACGUAUCUAAAAAACGUUUCGUUCACCGGUUACAGUGGCCAGGUGCAGUUCGACGAGCACGGAAACAUGGGAGGCAAAUAUGUCGUCAGUCAGAUACUCCCUGGCAAUCCAGUCAAACAAGUCCCAGUGAAGAUCAUCGACACAAGAAACAACACGGUGACCACGGUGGGUCCCAUCUCCUGGGACUUCAUCGCUCCAUUACAGAAAGCAUUUCCUCCGGAUGCGAUUCUGCCAUCCCCUCCAGUUCCACUGGAAGACAAAAACAUCCCCGUCUCCGUCUGCAGUAGAGUGUGCGGUGUUGGAGAAUAUAAAAUUCAGAAAGAUCAACCUUGCUGUUGGGAAUUUUCCAACCAAACUGCUUGCCAUGCAUGUCCAGCCUUUUCCUGGCCGGAGCCGAAAACAAAUUUAACAACGUGCAGAAAUAUAAUCCCCGACUAUCCAACGUUCACAGAUGCUGUUGUAAUCUUCGAAACUUGUACCAGCUGCCUCGGAAUUAUAGCCGCCAUUGGGGUUAUGAUAGCACACGUAUACUACAGGGAAGCAAAAGUUAUCAAGGCGGCCAGUAGGGAACUUAGCUUCCUGCAGAUAUUCGCCAUCGGAAUGGGGUACAUCACGAUGCUUCUGUACGUGGCGCCGCCUACCCACGAUAAGUGUGCUGUUGUAUACUGGUUGUUUUGUUUCUCCUUUGACUUGUUGUACGCCCCGCUGCUGGUGAAAGCGAUACGUAUAUACCGGAUAUUCAAUGCUGCUGCUAAAGGCACCAGAGGGUUAAAACUGACCAGUCCGAUAUCCCAGGUGGUUAUCUCCUGCGUUAUAGUGAUGGGCCAGGCCUAUAAAACCUCACAUGGUUUCCUCCUAUGCUCCAUCUUUGCAUUCAAGACCCGCAAGCUGCCCGACAACUUCAAUGAGUCUCGAUUCAUGUCGAUGUGUGUGAUGACCACGUUGGUCAUCUGGAUGGCUUUCAUUCCCACUUUCGUCACCUCCAGCCGUCAGUACAUGAAGACAUUGCUGUUAACUUUAGCGCUACUUCUCAACCACUCAGUAGCGCUGGUCUUUCUCUUUAUUUCAAAACUCUACGCCGUUGUUUGCCUAACGGACGAAACAGAGGAAACAAACAGUAUUGGCAGAACGAAUGGAACACCUCGAUACCGCACCAGUAACUGUCACAUCUAUGCCAGUUCCAUUAAUGUCAGUAUGAAUCAAGUGGGCCCACAGGAGCACACAUAA